GAGGGGCGGGUGGGAAGAACAUUCUCCAAAAAUAUUAAAAAGAAAACAUCCCCCUUGGCAGCGAGUGCGCGGGAAGUUGAGCGCGCGAGUUCCGGGCUUCCCGUCCGCCCCCCGCCGGCCGCAGCCCGGGUGAGCCCCCAGCCCCCGCUCGGCCGCCGCCGCCCACCGGGCCGCGGCCGCCGUCCGUCCGUCCGUCCGUCCAUCCAUCCAGUCGAUCUGUCCGCCUCCCCAUCCCCCACGUCCUUCCCAGGGCUCCGCGCGGGGUCUGCAGGGAGGAAAAGGGCCGGGGUCGGUCAGGGCGCGCGGAGCCCGCGGAGUCCCCGGCCGCGCCCGGGCGGCGGCGCCAGCACGACCCGGUCCCGGGCGGUUCGGGGCUCCGGGGCCCCGCUUUCGCCGCCGCGCGCCGCUUCCCGGGUCGUCGCCUCAGCGGCCACUUGUGGAAUUCUUCCCCGGAGGCUGUAACUUUAAACCGGCCUGAGCAAGGCCUAUUUUUAUUUGGAAACCAGCGGCCAGAGUGCUGAACCAGAGUGGAGAACACUCAGAUGGAGGGCCAGCCCGCCACCUGAAGAUUCCUCACGAACUGGCCGCGAAGGACAGGCUUGUCCUGGGGCCUUUCUUUGAGAUCUCAAAGCUCUGUCUCCCCCUGUUCCAGGAUGGGCCGGACUGGUUUCUGGGGGGUUUUGGAAUGAGGAUGAUGCCUGAGCCUUGCCAGCCGUACAUGCACCCCAACAUUGAGCCUCCAAGCCGUGACUCAGAGGCCACCACGCAUAAGCCCGGGUCACACUCCUGCAGAAAUCACCCCAGGAGCUCUUUAGGGACCGGCUUCUGGGGGUGAGGAGCAAGAUGAAUAUAGCAGCCAAGUACCGCCAGGCGUCCUUGUACGUGGGUGACCUCCACGCGGACGUAACCGAGGACCUGCUGUUCAAGAAGUUCAGCGCCGUGGGGCCCGUGUUGUCCAUCCGCAUCUGCCGGGACCUGCUCACGCGCCGCUCCCUGGGCUACGCCUACGUCAACUUUCUGCAGCUGGCGGACGCCCAGAAGGCCCUGGACACCAUGAACUUUGACCUGAUAAAGGGCAAAUCCAUCCGUCUCAUGUGGUCUCAACGUGACGCCUACUUAAGGAAAUCUGGAAUUGGGAACGUGUUCAUCAAGAAUCUGGACAAAUCCAUUGAUAACAAAACCCUUUAUGAACACUUUUCAGCUUUUGGAAAGAUCCUGUCCUCCAAGGUGAUGAGUGAUGAUCAGGGCUCCCGGGGCUACGCAUUCGUGCACUUUCAAAACCAGGUUGCUGCCGACAGGGCCAUCGAGGAGAUGAACGGGGCACUGCUUAAGGACUGCAGGCUGUUCGUUGGCAGAUUCAAGAGCCGCAAAGAUCGAGAAGCCGAAUUUCAAAACAAAGCCCAUGAGUUCACCAAUGUUUACAUCAAAAACUUUGGAGAUGAGAUGGAUGAUGAGAGACUGAAGGAAGUUUUCAGUAAAUAUGGCAAAACCCUGAGUGUUAAGGUUAUGACAGAUUCCAGUGGAAAAUCCAAAGGCUUUGGCUUUGUGAGUUUUGAUCGCCAUGAGGCUGCCAAAAGGGCUGUUGAAGAAAUGAAUGGAAAGGACAUAAACGGACAGCUGCUUUUUGUAGGCCGGGCACAAAAGAAAGCAGAGCGACAGGCUGAGUUAAAGCAAAUGUUUGAGCAGCUGAAACAUGAAAGAUUUCGGCGGUGCCAGGGUGCGAAGCUCUAUAUUAAGAACCUGGAUGAGACCAUUGAUGAUGAAAAACUGCGGAGGGAAUUUUCUUCAUUUGGAUCAAUUAGCAGGGUUAAGGUAAUGCAGGAAGAAGGGCGAAGCAAAGGGUUUGGCUUGAUCUGCUUCUCCUCUGCGGAGGAGGCCACUAAAGCAAUGACUGAGAUGAAUGGCCGCAUCUUAGGCUCCAAGCCACUCAACAUCGCCCUGGCCCAGAAACCCUAGGAGAGGAAAACUUUCUACAUCAGCCAGUGUGUGCUGCAGACUGAGGAAUGUUAGUGAUCUCUGACUGAAUUCUCCUCAGUUAAUUUUAAAUUCCAGCUGAUGGCUGGUUAGUUUAGUAAACGUUGUGAUGGAAAGUUUUGUAUACAAAACUAUUUAUUUUCCUUUGGAGCAAAAAUAAGUGAAUCUUAGAACCUUGGUUCUUUUUACAGAGGCACACCAUGUGAUUAUAAUAUGGUAUAUUUUCCCAAUUUUGAUAUAGUGUUCAUAGUAAUAAGUAUAAUUGGAUAUAUUUUUACUACAUUUUGAACCAACUGAAGUGUGGUAAUUACUUGCGUUUUUUUGCAUACUUUUUCUUAUUUUAAUAGUAUUGCUAGCUUUAAUUUCUUCCAUGAAAAUAUGCCCAAAGUAGUUCUUAUACCUAAGCAUUGCAAAGUAAUUUAUUUUUAUAAAAAAAAAAAAAACUUUCUAAUUUCUCAUCUAAUGUUUUUAAAAGAAACCAAAGUUUUAAAAUUGCUACUACAUACUCAGUAUCUAGUUUCAUUUUGAAUUAAUAUUUAAAAUAGUAGAAAAUCAUUUAAUUUUCUUUCGGUUUUUAUCCUGAAAUGAUUGCUUUUCUGAUGGCUAAAAUUAAUGAUGGAAUUACUUUAGUGUUGCCUACUAAUCUGCCUUAUAGGAUAUUUUACUGUUCUUCCCAUUGGUUAACAUAAUUCAGGUGCUUGCUGGUUAUCAGAUUUGUGACUUGAGUAGUAAAACCUUAACUUCUACAUUCCUUAAGUUAUAACCCUGUAUCAAUUCAGGUCAAAAAUUGCCCUUCGCAUACAGCAUAUAAUUAUGCAUCAAGUUUUGAAUCAGGAACCAAUAUUAUGUAAGUCAUAUAUAGGGAACAUAGAAAUUUUGUUUAACAACUGUGUUUUCUAACCUCUGUUAUAUGUUGUUCCAUGUAGUGAUACUAUCUCAGGGUUCAGAGAAGUAAAACUUUCCUAUUUUUAUGAUCUCCAUGUCCUUUUUAUUAGACCUUAAGAGCUUUGUAACCCAUUAAAGCUCACUUUUAGAUUUGAUUAAGCAGAAGCUCACUAACUGAUUUUCUGAUAAAUUGAAAUUACAUCACUUAGCCUGUUGUCCAGAAUAAUUUUGAUUUCAUUCCCAUUUCCAGACUUUUCUCUCCUGUCUUUUCUUUAUAUGAUGUGGUUCCUCUUUACUUUUUAAAAAGGGUUUUAUUAUACUUACUUUUACUGUGUGCUAUUUGAAAUCCAGUUUGGAGAUAGAUACAAGAGUUAUUUACAUUUAACUAAUUACUUUUAAAAUUCUGAUUCUCUCAUACCAAAGGUGUCUAGAAAAUAGUUUUCUUAUAUUUGUUGUUUUAUUUUUUUUCCCUCUGCUUAGUUGCUCCCUGUAACCAUAUAUCCAAGUCCUCUGUUUCAUAUAUUACCAGUACAAUAUUACAGAAAUAUUAAAAUAUUUCACUUUGGCAAUACUUUAGCUGUGAAAGAAUGAGAAAAUCUGUUUCUGUUUAUUUUUCUAUCAACUAUAUGAACAUUCAUUGCACAUUUUCUAAAUUAAAAGUAUCUUUUAGACAAUGAAAAAAUUAUAACAACAUAUAAUCCUACUGUGCAGACAGAUCUUCUGUUAAAAUGUGUUGCAUCUCUUCCCCAAUUUUUCUUAUACUUAUACACAUAAUUUAACAAAAAUAGAAUCAUACUUACAAAACUUCUUAAAACUGCUUUCCUAAUUUGACAGUAUGACACAGUCAGCUUCCAUGGGCAGUUGGAAGUAAGUAUUUGCACUAUAAUUUUAAUGACUUUUUUAACUUCCUUUUAAUGUUUGUACCAUAAUGUAACAAUUUUCUCUUGAUAAACAUAUAGGGUACUAGAUUAUCUCUUCCAUUCUCCUUUUUUUGUUCUAUCAUCAACAACUUGGAGAUAAACACCCUUGCAAACUCAUAUAUGCUGAUAUAUAUAAUUAAUUUAUUAAAAAAAUGUGUGAUUCAUUGGAAUUAAUGUUUAAAAGGACAACAAUUUAAAAACUAAUUUUGAUAAAUAUUACCCAAAUGCUAUUCAGAAACUUGUGCCACUUAACAAUUCCACUGUGGAAAAAAAAAAAAGACAUUUCCAUUGUCAGUAGGACUGCUCAUUUCCAUAUACUAAGAGGGAUUUUGCUUACAUUGUUGUCUGAUUCAACAUGAUAUGUAAAAACAAAAUAUUUCAUGAUUAUUUAUUUUACUACUUUAUUACCUCAAAAUUUAAACAGCAUUUCUUGUAAUUACUGGACAUUUGUAUUUUCAUAUUUUUGUAAAUGAUGUCAGUUUAUUUUCAUGAUCUUAAUGUGUUUUCCUGUGGGGGUGUUUCUUAUUUAUAUGGAGUUUUUAGACUUUCUUUUCCCUGAUACUCUCACCUUGUUUAUAGUUUUGAGGGUCAUUCCAAAAUUAAAUUUUUAACCUCAGAUUUUUCAAACUCUUAGUUUGGUGGCUUUAAUGUUAUAUUUCAAAACACUUUAAACACCUCAAAUAUACAAACCCCCAUACACACAUACAAUUCAUCUGUAUUGUCUUCUAUGACUUUCAGAGUUUCAUAUUCUCAAUACUUUCUAAGCAAAGCUUUUGUAUAUACAGUAUCUUAUUCAUAGCUUAUAUUAAAUAUUUUUUAAAGUAUGUUGCUUUUCCAAUUCUACUAACAUAUGUUGGUAAAUACUUAUAAAAGUGUAUGUGAAAUCCAUAUGCCAAUUAUAAUUCUUUAGCUCUUUGGAUUACUGUGUUGAGACGUACUUACCUACAAAGCAGAGAGCUUUUAAGAAAGGGUGCCAGGCAACAGGACUGGAAACUAUAGUACACAUAUCAAGCCUUGACAUCUUUUUCUGGAAAAUCCAUUUUAUAUAAAUGUUCAUGUAUUUGAACAAUAGUUCACAGUACUUGUAAAUGGAUUAUCAAGAUAAUAUCAGGGAACUGAAUUCUCUUCUCACAUGUAUGAGGAUUUAAUAGGGCAUAAUGUCAGUUGUUUAGGUGAAUUGUGGCUAUAGUUUCAUGACACAGUAAUAUGCCAUUUUAGUAAAAAUUUCUUAUUUUUAAUAUUUACCUUAAGAAAUGACUGUCAGUUUACAAAAAAGUUUACAAAAAAUCCUGUAGGUUUUUAUUAUUUAAAUUUUACUUACUCUAAAUUUUGUGUGUGUGUGAUGCUAUCAGGUUCUUGUGGCAGCAGAGAUUCAUGCACUAAAGAAACUUUACUCUUUUUAAGUCCAAGUGCCUUGAUAAAUGAAAAGAAUCUUCACUUUCUAAUAAGUAUUCCUGUAAAAGCUAAUUUCCAUAGAGAUGCCUUAAGCCACAGCUUCUGCACCCCCUUCUCUGUCCUCAUACACAUUGCCAAGUUUGUUAUACAGAUGUCUGCUUAUACAGCCAAUUGAAUAAAUAUGUGCCUUUUGAAAUUUUAUUUUUUAAAAUUUUAAGUGGAUUUAUAGUUGGUAAAAAUAAGCUUUUUAAAGUGGUUUAGAAUUUAUAUUUUCAUGUUCUUAACAUUUGUAUAAAUCCAUUGAAAAGAGAUCAAAUAAAGACUGAAUCUUUCAGUGGUGUCCAAAAUUCUCAUGUCCAAAAAUCAUUUUCAUUUAUUUAUUUUUAAGUAUUUCUGAUUUUCUAGCAAUCAGUUUCUCAUAAGAGUAAAUUGAAAACAACUUUCAUUUUUAAAUGAAGAUAUUCAUUCAUAUUUUAUGUUUUAAAAGACCAAUUCUCAUAUGAACUAGUAUUUGUUUUUAAGUUAUUCAUAAUUAUGGGACCAUGAUUGAAAAGAACCUCUAAGUUUUCAUCAGGGACUAUUUUAAAGAUACUUUUGAAUUUAAUUGUUAAAGCAAAAUUCAGUUAAUAUUUUGAGGAUUUUGAAUUAGCUUACUUGUAUUCUAUUUAGAAAAUGUACAUCAUAAUGUAAUUUUUUAAAGUAAAUAAUAAUACUUCAAAAAGAUAAUUUUUGAAUAUAUAAAGGGUCAAACAAAUUAAAUAACCUCAGAAUAUCCUUGGCUUCAAGUAAUAGAAAAUCCAACUCACAUUAGAAAAGGAAAUUUUAUUAAAAUUUUCAGACUUAAGGUAUCUUCAUGUAAGGUAUAUGAAAACGUCUAUAUUGAUUCUAACUCUUCACCCCCUCUGUCUCAGCGUCAUCAUCAGGGAGAGGGUCAGGAUGUUUACAAGAAUUCCUGUCAUCACACUGAGACACAGUAACAUUCAGAGUAUAAUACCUUUCCUAGAAACCUUUUAACAACUUUCUCUCUCAGUUCUCAUUGUCCAUUAUUGAUAUGUAUAUUCUAUAAGAUCUGCCAUUAGAAUUAAGAAAUAAGUCAACUUUCUGUGUAGAAUGGGCUUAUGAAUGAAAGAAAUUUCAUAAGAAUGGAGAUAUUUAUAGGUGUAUGCAUCCACUAAACACUGGAUUUGUUUUAUCAUUUAUAUCUAAUUUUUAAUUUCAGUACUUAUGGAUAUUUUCUCCUGCUAACAUUAACUUACAAUUAGUUCUUAAAAUUUCUCCCUGCAAAUAAUUUUCAACACGAGUCAAACUCACCAGUUUCUUCUCCCUCAGGUUGUAUCAUCAUAGGGACUAAACUGUGCAAUAUAUCCUGUAUAAAAUUGAAUUCAUUUUUGUUUAGUAAUGGGAAUUGUGUUUUUACAUGUCAUGCUUUAUUAGAUCUAAAUUAGGCAUCUAUUGAAAAUUUUACUGAAAAGUUCAAAUUCAAUUUAGUCACCCCAGUGGGUUUUCAACAUUCCUAGGUGGUUCAGUGGUAAAGAGUCCACCUGCUGAUGCAGGAGACCGUGAGAGACACGGGUUCAAUCCCUGGGUCAGUAAGAUCCCCUGGAGUAAGACAUGGCAACUCACUCUAGUAUUGUUGCCUGGAAGAUUUAUGGACAGAGGAGCCUGGUGGGCUAUAGUCCAUGGGGUUGCAAAAAGUCAGAUUUGACUGGGCAUGCUAUAUACAAUGGGUUUCCACCAAAAAUAAUUAUCAACAGAUUACAAAUGAUCAAGAAUAUUUCAAAUAUAACUCUACAUUUAAUAAGGUAUUGGUUUCUUGAGCUCUAAUUUAGUCUGUCAAGUAUAUCUUCAUGUAUCUUAGUUAAUAUUUUAGAAUCAUACCACCAGAGGGAAAGAAUUUACUAUGUAUCACCAACUAAUGUGAUAUUCUGUAUAAAGAAUUUUUUUAAAAAAAAUUCCCACAGACAAUGUAAUAGAAAAAUCUUGAAAAAGGAUCUACAAAGUUAGGUGCCUUCAAAAUGGCCCCAGUAUAUAAAAUGAAUCUAAGUAACACAAACCUAAAUGGAUGGGCACUCAUUUUCUUUACUAAAGAAUUUAUAUUAGAUCCUUUAAUACAUUAAAAUUGUCAGAAUGAACAAAACUGGACUUAUCCAAGCUUUUCAGUUUAAUUUUUCCUGUAUUACACAAAUUUGGUACAACCUCACAUUUUAGCUAUGCGCUGUAAGAAAACAAAAACAGAGGUACUAAAUUCCGAAUUACACAUUUACUUGUAUUUGAAUCUGUUAAGAUCAGAUUAUUUUGUAAGUUUAUUCAGAGGAAGUAUUUAUAGCUCCUUUUUAUUUUUGUCUAAUGGUCAGGUCUAAGAGUUUAUAAAAUGUUUUUAACUAUAUUGAAGUUCCCCAAAUGACACAAUUGAACCCAUCAAUUAAGAAAAGAAAAAUGAUCCUCUUAGUAGCAUUCUUUGUCAUAGAACAGGCUUAACUUCUGAGAGAUAUUGGCAGUUUAGACAAUGAUGUCACAUCAGAAGUUGUUAACCCACUCAUAUUUACAUCACCUUAGAUAAAAUUAUCCCUGGUUAAGUUCUGCCAAAUGUUAACAGCACAUUUUGAGUUUCAUAUGUAAUGUCACUAACAUGGAGGAUGUUGUUAUUAAUUUUUUUUUUGCAUACAGUGAAUAUUGGUUAUGAUUCACUGUGUUGUAUGUGUGUGAAUUUUUUUAAUCGGUGUUUCCAAUGGAAUAUUCUUAUCUCAGAAAACCAUAUCUGACAGUGUGUUUUGAAUCACAAUUUUGAUUUAUAUUCCAUUUCAUUUUGUACAUGUGCCAGUGGCAUACGAAUACACCACAAUUUUGACAUAUUGCUAAAUCUAGUUCCUUGAAGUUAAAAUAAGCCUUUAUAAUAGUAAUUCCAGCAAAUCUUUGUUAGGCAAAAAAGUGCCUCAAUUUGAAUGCAAGUCAGAUGUUAGAAUUAUUUUGACACAUCACUAUUUUACUGAAUUACCAAGGGAAUUGUUAGUAAUCUAGUAUUAUCCACUACUCUAUUCACUUAUAUUUCAUGCAUAGUACUGAGAUUGUAUGGUUAUUUCAUUUUUAUUUUAAUUUACUUUAUUUAAUAAAUACAUUUAAUUUAUUUUAUUUAAUUUACUAUUUAUUUUUAUUUUAACCAAAAUAUAUUGCAACCUCUCAUAGCCAUGUCACAUGUAAAUCUUUACCAUGCCUAAUACAUGCAUUAUUUUUGGUCCCAGUGUCUCUUUUUAUCCUAUUCCUAUGCUAUGAUUUCUCUUGGUUAGUUUGCUAGAAAUAAACUGUUCUUAUUUGUUUUUUUAAAGUGUCAUCCUAAACUCUGACUCACUCAAAGCUUUAACUUUUUCUCAAAUAGUAUGCUGUCUGUUACAUGGAAUAAAACAGAUCUUCUAACUGGUUAAUUAAAAAAAAAGAGAGCAGGAUUUAUUGCCAGAUCAAAAUAAAUAAGAGCUCUUCGUUUGCAAAUGAAGUAUUCUUUUCUUUUCUUUUCUUACAAGGGUUAAGAAAGACUUUCUAUAGACUGUUACACUAUAGAGGCAGCAGUACCUGUUUUGAAAUUAGACCAUAUGGCAUAUUGUUGUAGGGAGUAAAAAAGCAAGCAUUUACAAAAGGUUAGGGAGGCUCAACUUCAAGCAUUUAGAAUGUUAUUUUUAAAUAUUUUAUUAUUAUUAUUUUAAUUAACUCAUUCUCCUCCCUACCUUUUUUUUUUUAGCAUUUUAGGGCAUAGAUUGGAUAUAUUUCUUAGUGGGAUAUCUAUUAUUUUACCAGGAACAUGUGAUGGAAACUGUCCUGCCUUUGUAAGAGAAAAAGUAAAGCAAUCAUCAGUUUUUAAAAAGAAAAUAUUGGGUAGAGAAAUAACAUUCGGUAGCAAAUCAUUACAUCUAAAUGAAGUCUAUUGUUCAGGAUCAACUUGGGAAGUUGAAUGAAUGACUAAUGCAAUUUUUCAAAUUAUCAUGUCCUCUUAGACUGUUAUGAAUCACGUGUCAUAAAAAUAACCAUUUUCAAAUGUAUGAUUCAUUGGUUUGUAGUAUAUUGAAAAGGUUGUGUGAAAUCACCUUUAUCCAAUUCCAGAAUAUUUUUUAUCAUGUCAGAAGAAACUUCAUAUAUUCACGAGCAGUUAAUCCCAUUUUCUCCUCCUCCUCGAACCUAGCAAACACAAAUUUAUAUAUCUAGAAUUUGCCUGUUUUGGACAUUUGACGUAAAUGUUAUCAUAUGUUACCUUUUGUGUUUAGGUUCCUUUGCCUAGCUUAAUGUUUUAAGAUGUUCGUAUUGCAGCUUAUAUCAGUACUCAAUUCCUUUUUAUGCAUGAAUAAUAUCUAUUUGUAUGGAUAUACCUCAUUCUUUUGGGCUUGCCUCAUAGCUCAGCAGUAAAGACUCCACGUGCAAUGCAGGAGACAUGGGUUCAAUCCCCUGAAGAAAGACAUGGAAACCUGUUUCAGUAUUCUUGUCUGGGAAAUCCCAUGGACAGAGGAGUGGGCUAUAGUCCAUGGGAUCACAAGAGCUGGAAAUAGCUUAGUGACUAAAUAACUACCACCACCACAUUCUUUUUAUCCAUUCAUCUUUUAUUGUAUAGUUAGGUUGAAAUAUAAACAGAUCAUGGGUUCGAUGGGUGAGAGCCCAGAUUAUGCCUUUUUUUGGUGAUAUCUAAAAGCUUAAUAUUUUACAUUUAGAUCUACAAUCUACCUGAAAUUUAUUUUUUGUUAUAAUGUGAGUUCAGAAGUGAUCUUUUUUUAUUUCCAUUUAGACAUCCAGCAGAUUCAGUACUGCUAUUUACUGAAAAGUAUAACCUUUUCCCUGCCUAACUCUGAAGUGCUAUCAGAUGCCUUUAUUUGUUUUACCAAGUCAGUUUCUGGAUUUCUAUUCCAUUAGUCUAUAGUUGUUUAUCCUUUGCCAGUGUCAUGUAGUCGUUAUUACAUUGUAAUCUUUAUAUCAGAACAAAUCCUUUCAUCUUGUUAUUCUUACUAAAGAUUUACUUGGUUAUUCUUAGUUAUCUGAUUAUUCAUAGAAAUGAAAAAACACAACUUGUGAAGUUUCAUACAUCUAUUUGUGCAUAUGUAUGCACAUGCAUAUAAACAUGUAUUCCUUUUGGGAAUUCAUUGUGAUCAUAUUGAUUCUGAGUUGAAAGCCUACUGACUAGUCUUCUAACUCAUGAAAAUGGAUAUCACUUUAAUUGUACUCCUUAAUUUUUUCAACAAUACUAUGUAGUUCUUGUUUAGAAGUCUUGCAUAUAUUUAGUCUUAUUCCUAGCUGUAUGAU